AUGAGUGUCCCUUUUCUCACAUACACCCCUGCAAGCUCUAUGCAAUCAGGCCUCAAUGCUGCUACUCGCGACAGCUCUAGGGCUAUUGAAGCCGAACUUGCAUCAGCCUUACGACGACUUCAAUUGCAGAUGAAUGUUGUUGAUGACUUUGAGCGCUGUCAUGGGAUCAAUGAGUGUUGGGUUUCUUCUGACCCUUGGUAUAUUCAGGCACGCGAAUACUGUAGCCAGCGCUGCUUCACUCAGGUCAUUGAGAAAUUAGAAGAAUUAGUCAUCCAACAUUUGUUUGAAUUAUCAAAGGCUAAUCUGGUACAAAUGCACAAGCAUAUUUCAAAAGCAAUCACUUGGCAAUCUGGAGCUAUUCGGACAGCUCUUGAGAAGUACAACACACUGGCACCACUCCAAGUUCCGCCCCAACCAACUCUCGACUAUACAGAAGUUGUUGGAUAUACGUCCCUUGGUGAAUUUGCGCUCUUGAAACAUUCAUGUCAUGACCUCCUUGCUAAACCAUGGGCCAUUCCUGAAAAUCAGGAGAUGGCAGCUAAUGCUUGGGUCGGCUUUGAAGACAAGGAGAUACUAUCAGCCAUAGACACCCUGGAUGCCAUAGACUCGACUUUGCUAGCUGCAGAGUUGCAGACGCACUAUGCACGACAGCACAGGGUGAACAAUGUGCACCGUGCCCAUCUACAUAAGAUCAGCCAGCUAUCUGGUUAUACUGGCCCACCUCUAUUUUUGCUGCCAGAAAGAGAAAUGUCGGAUGACCGAGGGAGAUGGUGA